AUGGGAACGCGCGUUGAUGGAUGGCCCAGCGCUGGAGGAACAGCCCUCCGAAGCUCAAUCCCUACGCAAGCUGCUAAUCCUCUUCCGACUAUACCCCUUCAUCGUUCCGUCAACUUGUUCCCACUGUCAAAUUAUACUUUUGGAACGAAGGAUGCCCAAUCAGAAAGAGAUCAUUCCGUACAAGCACGAUUUCAGAGGAUGAGGGAGGAAUACGAAAAGGUUGGAAUGAGACGUUCUGUGGAUGCUGUUCUGAUUGUUCACGAGCAUUCCCUUCCUCAUAUUCUUCUCUUGCAAAUAGGCAGUACUUUUUUCAAACUCCCUGGCGGUGAGCUCGAAGUAGGUGAGGAAGAGACUGAAGGCAUGAAACGGUUGCUUGACCUCACACUUGGAAGGACAGAUGGGGUGAAGAACGAAUGGAAAAUAGAAGAUGAAGUUGGCAACUGGUGGCGACCGAACUUCGAUCCUCCUCGGUAUCCGUACAUCCCUGCUCAUGUUACAAAACCGAAAGAACACACAAAGUUGUUGCUCGUGCAGAUGCCAGAGAAGGCAAUGUUUGCUGUUCCAAAGAAUUACAAGUUGGUAGCGGCUCCAUUGUUCGAGUUAUAUGAUAACGCUGCCGCUUACGGGCCACUAAUUGCAAGUCUACCUAUGGCUCUUAGCAGGUUUAACUUCAUUUACAAUGGCGUCGUGUGA